AUGUCACAGAGAGUAGUUAGAGCAGGAUACAAUCCAUAUGUCACCCCAAGCAACGUCAUGGUCUUCGCAAAAGACGAGAACGGCAAGCUAUACUACAAAAAACAGAAGAAAACAGGAAGCCCCCAGAGAUGCGGAGACUGCAAGGAAAAGCUCCAAGGCAUUCCCACCAUGAGACCAGCAGCCUUUGCCAGACUCCCAAGAUCCCAGAGAACAAUCAACAGAGUGUACGGAGGAACCGUCUGUGGAUCAUGCGUAGAGAAAAGAGUUCUUAAGAAUUUCUUAAAAGCAGAAGAGAAACAAAUCAAGGAAAUGACCCAAUAA